AUGGAACCACAAAACCGGCAUCCAAUUGAGGAUGGAGGAAGCAACAAAGCAGCCGAGAGUAGUCCUAACAUGCAUUGCAAGCAGAGUAAUACUAGGUGGCUUCCUACUAGAGAUCAGAUAAGAAUCCUCAAGGAGCUUUACGAUGACAAGAAUGUCUUUUAUUGGUUCCAGAAUCAAAGGGCUCGGGAGAAGCUGAAGAACAAUAAGCUCACUUCGGAUGUUCAAGUGCCCAAGCAAAGAUCAGGGCUUGUUGGUGGAUCUAUUAAUCUCAAUUUUGGGUCAACUAGUUCUGCUGGUGUUGGUGGAUCCAUCAUGGAACAACGAGGAGAAGAUCACUAG